UCUCCUCCGCCCGCAUUGUCUCUCUUUCUCCCUCUUUCUUCUCUCAUUCUCAAUCUCCCUCUCCCAUUUCCCUUGUACAAAGCUGCUGCGAUCUUUCUUUGAUGGCGUCGCAGGACAAGGGUCGGCCUUUGCCCAAAUUUGGGGAGUGGGAUGUGAACAAUCCUGCCUCUGCGGAAGGAUUUACAGUCAUAUUUAGCAAAGCUAGAGAUGAGAAGAAAACCAAUGGGGCUCCUGCUGGGGGCGGCGGGGCACAAAACAUCGAUAAUCACAAGCAAGACCCAAAUUUUCCUGAUACCCCAUUGAAGAGGUGGUUCUGCUGUUUUUGAAACCCUUGCACAGUUCCAAGACCGUCAAAUGUUGUAAAUUAAGGUUGGUGGCAAUGUGUGAUUCUCACGGAUUGACAGUGGGGGAGCUGAGGUGGUCAUGGCUUGUUUCUCUCUCUCUUUUUUUUUUUUUUUUGGUUUCAAUAAUAGUUUGUCUUUUACAUGAUGUCUGGCUCAAUCCCUGGUGCCAUCCCCACUGUUUCUCAAAUGCAUGCAGUCUGUAACAGAAGGAAGGUCACAAACAUAACAACAUUGCACUUCCUUAAUGCUGGGCCUAACUCCAUUUUGAAAUAUUUUCCUGAUUAUGAACUAUUCAUCAAAUUGCAAAGUCA